AUGUCUAUGUCGAAUGUUGGUCCCAAUAGCAUGUAUCAUUUGGAUUACAACAACUCGCAAGGUUUUGGUAUAUCUGCAUCACCGAAUACAUGGUUACGAGAACAUGAUAGCCUGUAUACGUCCUACAAUGUAUCAGUCGAUGAUGCCUGGACUUCGUUACAUUCGAAUUGUCUUUCUCUGCCUCAUCAAAAUUAUACAACAUAUACUAAACAACAACAACCACAACAACAACAUUGUCUAUCAUCUAUUCCACAUCAAUCGACAACAAUGAUCGAUGGUAGUGACUUUAUUCUUCCGAUUAACAACAACAGUUAUCAAGAUAAUUACUCUCCAUUAUAUCAGAAUCAAAUUUUACCAUGUCAUACGCUAAUAUCUCCGACGUCAUUGGCAAUCCCACAAGAGUCGUUAAACGCUUUAGAUUCAACAAGCUAUAAUUCGACAUUAAACAUCUCGUCCACAGCUCCAUGUAAAUCUCUCUUCAAGAUACAGAGCGCAGAUGGUAAACAAGUGUGCCAAGUCUGUGGUGAUGAGUCGAGUGGUUAUCAUUUUGGUGCAUUCACAUGCGAAAGCUGUAAAGUGUUUUAUCGAAGAGUAUUACAUGGUAUACACGACAUUAAACAUUCGUGUGACUCACCUCAAGAUAUAAAUAAAUCGAAUCGCAAAGGUUGCAGGGCUUGUCGAUUUGAAAAAUGUUCGAGAGUGGGAAUGUCGACAACAAACAAACGUUUAACGAGAAGAAUAAAACAAACCAGUGAUAAUUUUACCAUCACUACCAUGAUGAACACUGGAAAUUUCCAUCAAUUAGACAAAAAUGAGACUAAUGAUUCGCAAUUAUAUAAAACUAAUUGUUCUCAUAUUAUUCGUUUAUUUAAUUGGCUAGGAAAUUGUUUAAAAAACGGUCAACAACCACAACAACAAACAUGUAAUUAUUAUGAUUAUUCAUUACUCGAUGUUAUUGAAAACGUCUUAAAAACUCUAGAUAUAAAUGAAACACGAAUUUGUACCGAUGUACAGUUGUACGAUCUAUACAAAUUAUGUGAAUAUCAUAUACGACAAAUAGCAUCAACAAAUUUUCUUUAUAAUUUUCUCACAUCAGAUCAUUCAUUUACAGUCAUUCUAUUUUUACUUAUCACACUAUUUAAUACGGAUAUUGAAACAUCAUCAUCUUCAUUAGUGAUGAUUAAAACAGCAAAAAUUGAUAAAUUGCUUAAAGUUUUACAUUAUGAAAUCGGUAUGAAAUGUAUGGAUAAACGAAGGUUUAAUAUAGUCAAAGCAUUAUUCAUGAAAUGUUAUGUUGAAAUAUCUAUAAGAAUUGGUGAACUAACACAAUAUAGUAAUAAUAAUAGUAUUAAUGUUGGAUAUAACAAUAGAAUUUUAUCAUGA